AUGAGUACGCUAUAUGACGGCCAGGUUUGUGUGUUGCGCUUCGUGGGCACCCGUCUGCUCUGCUUCCCCUCGCCUUUGAAAAGAACAGUCACCACACUCAUGGCAGGGAUUUUGCGCUCAAUAGUUCAGAAGCCCCCAGGUGGACUCCAAACUGUAACAAGAGGUGUGGAGUCUCUCAUUUGUACAGAUUGGAUUCGUCACAAAUUUACCAAGUCAAGAAUUCCAGAUAAAGUAUUUCAGCCUUCACCUGCAGAUCAUGAAAAAUAUGGUGGGGAUCCACAGCACCCUCAUAAACUACAUAUUGUUACCAGAAUAAAGAGUACAAAAAGACGUCCAUAUUGGGAAAAAGAUAUAAUAAAGAUGCUUGGAUUAGAAAAAGCACAUACUCCUCAAGUUCACAAGAAUAUACCUUCAGUGAAUGCAAAACUGAAAGUGGUUAAACAUUUGAUAAGAAUCCAGCCCCUGAAGUUGCCACAAGGACUUCCAGCGGAAGAGGACAUGUCUAACACAUGCCUCAAGAGCACUGGGGAAUUAGUGGUGCGGUGGCAUCUAAACCCUGUAGAUCAGGAAGCAGUUAAGUCCUAAUGCCAGAGCAGUUUCAUAUUUAAAAAUGUAAAUCAUUUUUAUUUAAAGAUAGAGAGUGUUCUCAUUAAAAUAUAUUUUAAAUUCUA